ACUCAUUGGCACAGCCCUAUUUUAAUGGUAAAUCAAAUCUCAAUGCUUCAACUCUCUUUGCUACUGAGGAAUUUCAAACAAUCAAUUGUACGUCAUCUAUGAAAUAUAUGAGAGAGGGCCAAUCUUUUCCGCUAACCUCUUUGGAUAAGCAUAAAGUUGUUGAUGCAUCUCAAAUUUUUAAGCAGCCACAUCGAGCAACCCGUCCUGAUCAUAUUGUGAUAAUCCUUCGGGGGCUUCCAGGUGGUGGGAAGAGUUACUUGGCAAAGCUGUUGCGUGAUCUUGAGGUUGAAAAUGGUGGUGAUGCCCCGAGAAUUCAUUCUAUGGAUGAUUACUUCAUGACUGAAGUUGAAAAGGUUGAGGAAAAUGAUGUUUCAAAGUCAGCAGGUUCUGUCAGAGGGAAGAAACCAGUUAUGAAGAAGGUGAUGGAGUACUGUUACGAACCUGAGAUGGAGGAGGCUUAUCGAUCAAGCAUGUUGAAGGCAUUUAAAAAGACCCUUGAUGAGGGGGUUUUCUCCCUUGUAAUUGUGGAUGACCGCAAUCUGCGGGUAGCUGAUUUUGCUCAGUUUUGGGCAACUGCAAAGAGAUCUGGUUAUGAAGUUUACCUUUUAGAAGCUACCUACACGGAUCCAACGGGUUGCGCAGCUCGAAAUAUACAUGGUUUCACCCAGGAUGACAUACAAAAGAUGGCUAGAAAAUGGGAAGAAGCUUCGUCAUUGUACUUGAAACUGGACAUCAAGUCAUUAUUCCACGGUGAUGAUUUGAAGGAAAGCGGGAUUCAAGAGGUAGAUAUGGAUACAGAAGAUGGAGAUUCUGCAGGUACUCCACCUAGACCUGAAGAAAGAAAUUUUGAGAUCACAGUACCUUCCGUACGAGGUUAUUCACCUGAUGGUUUUUCGAAGGAUGACAAUAAAUGGAAUGCUGAAGGACACCGCCAAAGGGAAGAAGUGAAAGAGUUGGGCAGGAGCAAAUGGUCAGAUGAUUUGGAAGAUGAUAAUACCAAAACUACUGAAGCUACUAAGGGGAAUUUAAAUGCUCUUUCUGGGUUGAUUAAGGCUUAUGCCAAAGAAGGUAAAUCUGUACAUUGGAGUGACCAGGUUGGCAAUACUGGCUUUUCCAUAGGGGCAGCUAGAAAAUUAAAUAUUUCCUUAGUGAUUGGGCCUGGUGCUGGAUACAACUCGAAAUCCAACCCCUUGCCCGAUGAACAUGUUUCAACUGGGAAUACUGAUGAGUCAAAGAAGCAAAGCGGAUUCCAAGAGAGAAUCCGUGCAGAACGAGAGUCCUUUAGAACUGUUUUUGACAAGAGGCGACAGCGAAUUGGUGUGCUUGACUUGGAGGAAGAAUAGUACAAGAAAAUGGGCUUUUCAAGGUGUCCCCUUUUUACCCAUUUAAAAUUUUCAAAAUUCUUUGUAGUCUAUGAGAGAGAGAAUAGUAAUUCGGUCUCUGUCCUUGUAAUUGUACAAGCCUUAUAAGCUUAAUGACACUGAUUCAAUGGUAGAAAAUUGCUGGUUUGCAUUUUUUGAUCUUUUGGUAGACUUGUUCACAAUGUUAGAAGGGUUUAUGUUGCAAGUACCACAACUUGAGGCCACUUGAGUUGGAUUGUCACUUGUGCAUUUGCCAACCUCAUCGAAUGGAAAAGAAUGCUGCUUAUACAAACAUGACAUUAUUUUUAUUCAUAGAUGUGAAAUUUAAUUGCUCUUUUGGCAC